GACUUGAACUUUAAAUAAACCUUUAACACGUCACGUGUAACCACAAGCAUGCUACACACACUUACACAAAGCUUCAAAGAGAACGAACACACAACAGAAGGCAACUCACACGCACAUGUAUAUACAAACUACUCUUCGCCUUUUUACUUUUAUGGGUUGCUGACAGCUUCUUGCCUCUAUGUCUGUUAUGUCGUCAGUCUGAAAGAGUAUGUACUUGUGAAUGAAAGAGGUGCUGAAGAAAGAGCAGAAUUAGUGCUUGUACACCUUUUCAUCUGUCUCUUCAGUUUUUCCAUUCAUCUGUCUGUUCUCUUUCCCUUUGUUUAAGUCUCUCACUCUGUAUUUGCAGUGUUAACCUGCGGUUCUCUUGCUCUGUAGAUGUUGCAGGACGCGCAGGCAUCUGAAGGUCAGGUGGUGGUUCUGGAGUGCCGGGUGAGAGGUAGUCUUCCUCUGCAGGUUCAGUGGUUUCGAGAGGGCCAGGAGAUCCAGGACUCCCCUGACUUCCGCAUCCUGCAGAAGAAGCCAAGAUCAGCAGCAGAACCCGAGGAAAUCUGUACGUUGGUGAUUGCAGAGGCAUUCCCUGAAGACGGAGGUCUGUUUUGCUGCACUGCAACCAACCAAUACGGCUCAGUUAAUAGCACGGCACAACUCACUGUCACCCCAGUUGCUGAAGAGUUGCCUAGCAAUGGCGUAUCUGGGGAUGACAGUGUGUUUGAGGACAACCAAUCAUUCCCGCCUCCACCUCCUCCACCAACUGAGAUUAGUUUGUUGGAAGUCCCACCCAAAACCCCGCCGAGUGCUGAGGCCUUCCAGAUCAAUGAGCUGGACAUCUGGCCCAGCGUCACCGCGUUGCCUGUUCAGGUCUCCGCAGAUGAAGAGCCUCAGGAAAGUGUUCCUGACAAACCUCUACAAAAUGGUCAAGCCUUAAACAAGCCACCAGAUGAGAGUCUACAGUCACCUUCAAGCUUGACGGAAAAAGCGGCUCCGCCUCCAUCGCCUUCAGCGGUUAAGGCUCCACCUCUCCCCACCAAACCCAACCUAAACUAUCAAAUGAGCAAGCAGACGACCUCUCAAAUGAAAGGUCCCCUGUGA